ACAAACAAAAAUUCAAAGAUUUUUACGGAAAAGCUUAAAUUAAAAAUGCCUCUGACCUCGGAACAAGCCGCCAAACAAGUCGAAGAUCGUCUCCGGGAGAUUAACAGUCUCGUGCACGACAUAAACAACAAAAGACUCGCAUCGGAACCGAAUAUCGUCAAGUUACAAGAGAAAACGUUCGACGACAAAUCCACCGCCAACCAACAAAAGCUCAAAAAUUUGUACAAAAAUGCCAUGCAAGAUGCCAUCGCCGAGGAAAAUCUCAUCCGUGAAGCUUUGAAGAAAGUUCAGGACAUCCGAAACAUCCGCAAUGAGCGUCGAAUUCAAGCUCGCAACGCUGGCAACAAAGAAACGAUCCGUCGCGGCGCUUUAAUGAAGAUGCUCCAAAUUUCCGCGCAAACUUUGCCACUUUUUGUCUCAAAACCCGGCGAAAAAAUCCCUCCGUUGUGCGGCGCGGUGCAAGCAGAAGCCGGUUACGUUGCCAAACCAGGUGAUAUGGUCGCCGCUCUCGUAAAAGGACUCGAAGAGGAGGAAAAUUGGAUCUUGGCGGAGGUUGUUCAAUUCUUGCCGGGCGUCAAUAAGUACGAAGUUGAUGAUAUCGAUGAGGAACAAAAGGAUCGUCAUAUCCUGAGUAAGCGGAAAAUUGUUCCGUUGCCACUUAUGAGAGCAAAUCCCGAGACUGAUGGACAUGCCUUGUUCCCCAAAGGGACGACAGUGAUGGCUUUGUAUCCGCAAACCACUUGUUUCUACAAAGCGAUCAUUCAUGCAUUGCCUCAGACCUCGACAGAUGAGUAUGAGGUGCUUUUUGAGGAUCAAAAUUACCCGGAAGGGUAUUCGCCGCCACUUUAUAUCUCGCAACGGUAUGUCAUCGCGAUCAAAUCCAACAAAAAGGGACCGUGACAGCACGAUUUGACGCUUGUUGUGGGAAACGAAGGAGAAUUUGAAGAGUAUUGAAGUAGAUUUUAAGAGAUUUUGUCAAUAAAUUAUGAAAUUUAAA